AUGGUUUCUUAUUCCGCUGGAUCAUGCUGUUACCAAGGUGUCAAAUAUGACGGACAGCCAAAAGGAACAUUGUCAACGUUGGGUGACUUCGAAGUAUACACCAGUCAUCCUCCAAAUAACUCGAACCACGGCCUUCUGAUACUCACUGAUAUCAUCGGCUGUCGGCUCACAUAUACCCAACUCAUUGCAGACCAAUUUGCAAUGCACGGCUACGUGGUUCUGAUGCCAGAAAUUUUCUACGGUUACGCAGUACCAUUGAACAGAACCGGAGAUUUGGAUAUGCAAAAGUGGAGGAUAGGGGGAUAUCACCCGCAAGGCAUAAAUCAUCUGCCUGAAACAGUUGAUCCAGUAGUUGAGACUUGUUUAACUGUGAUGCGAAAGCUCGGCUGCAAGAAAUUUGGCGCAACUAGAUACUGCUUCGGCGGAAAGUACUUCAUACGACAUUUGAAACCAGGCAGAGUGGACAUUGGCUAUACAGCUCAUCCGUCGCAUGUUGAUGAAAGUGAGAUCAAGGACAUUGAAUGUCCAUUGGCGAUUGCGGCUGCAAAGCGGCACGAAACGGAGGCAAUCUUAAAAGGGCUCGUUGUAAACCACGGCUUCACGGUUCGAGGUGAUCCAGCCAUUCCAGAUGUGAGAUUUGCGAAGCGAAGCGCUUUCAUACAAGGCGUUGAGUGGUUUAAUGAGCACUUGAGAAACGAAUAUUUUCAAGUAGAAUUGAUUAAGAGGCUAUGUAUUUAG